AUGACCAAUGCCUCUGAUGGAGUCCGAACAAAAGCCUGGGCAGGACCCGACGUCGGCACUGGGAUGGUCAAGAACAACACUUUCUUUGAUUUUAAAGUGUUCGAUGUAGAUGAUCUAAUUGUGAUUAGCCAGUUGGACCAAUUACUUCGCGACAAUGAUCAUUCGACUUUGCGAAAUUCCUCCGUUGUUCUUAACUCUUGUUCUUCCCGGGUCACUCCAAAUUACUUAUUCAACCCCCAUCUAGAAGUCAGCCCUGGAAACGACCGCAAGGCUGCUUCUCGUCGUUCUUCUAUGCCCGCAGAUAUAACGAGCACGACGCGUGCUACAUAG